CUCUCUCUGUGUCUCUCUCUUUGUGUGUCUGUCUCUCUCUGUCUCUCUCUGUCUCUGUCUCUCCCCUCUCUCUCUAGCUGACCUGAACCUGGUUGGUUGGUCAGUGUUGCCAACCCAACCCCUUAAUUAAACGCGAGUUUCCUGUGCAGCCGGGAGGCAGCCAAGACAGAGAGCUAUUGGCAGAGUUGUGUGCUUGUGUGUGUGUGUGUGUGAGAGAGAGAGAGAGAGAGAGAGUGGAAGCAGAAACUCUCUUGCAACAGACAGAGCUCAGAGACAGCCCGCAGGCCCUCAGCCAAACCUUAGCUGCAGCGCAACCGAGAUAAGAGCCCUGGCAGGCGGGCGUGUGCAGAUGGAGAAGGAAGCAUGAGGAAGAAGGGAAGCAGUCUCCUCCCCAGUGUGCUCUUUUCCUCUUUCUUUCUCACACACAUGCACACCGAGAGCAGGUGACGGGGCCUCUGAACCCGCAGCUGGAUUCUCCCCCAGCCGCCGAAGCCGAGCCCUGAGCAAUGGGACGGCUGGCAUUCCUCUGCAGAAGGGAAGGCGCUCCCCGGCCGCUGAAGCUCCCCGAAUCCGACGCUUGAACAAUCGAACCGGCAGGAAGACGUCGCGAUGGAAAGCCGGAAGAGCCCCGCGAAAAGUCCACAGAAGCUUUCUUUGAUGUCCUCCCCAGUGCGGGCUGUAGUUCGCCUUCGGAGGACAGCCCAUGCUUUAAAAAAAUGCUACUUGCCCGGAGAGAAACUUCUUCAGAGGCAGCUUUCCCUGGGGAAAAGCAAAUUAGCCAGUGUCUCCAACCAAGCAUCUUUCAACAGUUCCCAGUAUUUCACUUUCGACCCUGCUGGCCCGUUCUCGGUGGCCAAGCCCAAACGGCGUAAGAAGAAAACAACGAACCCCCGAGUGUUAUAUCCGGAGAGCUCGAGGAAAUACCUGCCCACCGAGCACCGGAGCAGAGCCACCAAGUUCCUCCUCUUGUUCGUGGCCAUCAUUUGCUUCCAGAUCCUCAACGCCAUCGAGAACCUGGACGACAACCUCAUGAAGUAUGACCUGGAUGGGUUGGAGAAGACCAUGGCUCGGGAGGUUUUCGGGCAGCCCGUGGUCAUCGAGAGGGUCAUGGGGUUGCUGAAAGACUACCUGGCCACCCACGUCCAUAACAAGCCGUUAGUCAUCUCCUUCAACGGCCCGAGUGGCGUUGGCAAAAGCCAUCUCGGUUGGCUUCUAGCCAAGCACUUCCGGUCGGUGAUGGGACCCCGUUCCGUGCUCCAUUAUUUCACGAUGCAUCACUGCCCUGCGGAAAGCUCCGUCUCCACCUGCCAACUGGAGCUAUCGGAGACCAUCGGAGACAUGGUGGCUCAAGCUGAAAUGGAAGAAAUCAUCCCUGUGUUUAUCCUGGACGAGGUGGAAUUCAUGCCCGACACUCUGUUGGAGACUCUGGGUGGGUUUUUCCAGAAGAACCAGACGAACGAGUAUCUCAACGCUGUCUACAUUCUCAUCAGCAACCUGGGUGGCGAGGAGAUCACCCGCCACUUCCUCCAGAAGGUUUCCGACGACUCGUUGCAGCCUCCGAAGGAUCUGGAAGAGCUUCAGGCCGCUCUUCGGCCCCUCCUGAGUGAGGUCCACCCUUUCUGGACUGGGGUGGAGAUCGUUCCCUUCGGGUUGCUGGAGAAAACCCACAUCUUGAGCUGCUUCUACGAGGAGAUGAUGAGCGAAGGGAUUUACCCCAACGCAAGUCACAUCGAAGUCUUGGCCGGCCAGCUCAGCUAUUACAAAAAGGCAGGGAAGGAAUUCGGAAGAACUGGUUGUAAACAGGUGGUCGGCAAGGUCAAUCUCCUAUAAGGAUAGAGGCGGGCAGUCCUUCACUUACGACAGUGAACCAUCCAAAGUUGGAACGGCACUGAAAAAAGUGACUUGUGACCAUUGGUCACACAACCGUUGCGGCAUCACGCUGGUCACCUGUGAUCUGGCUGAGGCUUCCCCAGAGCCUGAAGCCAACUCCUGGUCCCGACAAAAAACCCUUUUAUUCAUUGACUGUGAAUUCUGCUCAUUCAUAUCCG